AGCCCACUCCCUCCUCACUUGCUCUCAUUUCCCACUCUCCACUCUUCUCCACUCCUCUCCUUUGCCUCAUUUCUUUUCACUCCCUACUAUUUCCUCCACUCCCUCACACUCUCCUCCUCCACUUCCCCACGAAAAUGGUGCUCCCCUUGCUCCCAUGGCCGGCCAUGGCCAUGGAAAGCCACCAAGAUGAAGCUCCCUUCCUCCCUCAAGCUCAUCCUCACCAUGAGAGCCUCCCCCUCCAUCUUCUCCCCAACCUUAGAUGGUUUAAUCUCCUCUUCUUCUCCCUCCAUUGCUAAGAUUGGAUCUUGAUGCAGGUGCAUGUUGGUCCAAGCAUGGAGAAGAUUCUGGUACGAUCUUGUAAAAUCCGCCAAAUCUCGUGUCCAGAUCCAAAUCGAGUGGUUCAAAGUUCUGCAGAUAGAUCAAAAUCUGGUCAGAUCUGACUUUGUCGAAUUAAACCAGGAGCUUGGAGACGAAUUUUUGAAUGAAACCAACUGGAUGCGAACAAUUCCGGAGAAGAAGAACAAGUGGAAUCGGAUGAGAAGAUUUUAUUUAUAUUGUUGGGAUUGUUAUAUUGAUGGAGUUGAAGAAGUACAGGGACAAAUAAGCCAAGAUCAAAAUCUGGUCAGAUCUGACUUUGUCGAAUUAAACCAGGAGCUUGGAGACGAAUUUUUGAAUGAAACCAACUGGAUGCGAACAAUUCCGGAGAAGAAGAACAAGUGGAAUCGGAUGAGAAGAUUUUAUUUAUAUUGUUGGGAUUGUUAUAUUGAUGGAGUUGAAGAAGUACAGGGACAAAUAAGCCAAGAUGCGAACAAUUCCGGAGAAGAAGAAGUGGUUCGGACGAGGAUUUUAUUUAUAUUGACGGGAUUCUUAUAUUGAUGAAGUUGAAGAAGUCCAGGGACAAAUAAGCCAAGACCUGGAGGACUUCGACAGAUGAAGAAGGAGUUGACGACGUCUAUGCGAGCUAGGAACAUCUUCCUAGUCAGUUGCCUGUAGGGUUAAGGCAGAUGACUUGGGCUCUACGCUGCUGAAGUGAUUCUGCUACUCUGAUGAUUAGAUUAGGCCCUUCGAGGCUAUCUUGUAAAGAUGGGUCAUGUGACUUUAUUGUAAUUUUCUUAUUCCAUUUUGUAAAGGAUGAUG